UUUGAGAGAGGCAAAUUUAAAUAUCAAAACAAGGCCACCCCUCUGGCACAGGACUGCAGCGGAAAAAUUAUAUCGUACGAAUAGAGUGAAUUCAUUUGUAUCCAACGAGCAUGAAGCUGUGUUGACCCCUUUGGAGGCCUGCAUUGAAGUGUCAUCACAACGAGGAGUUGGUGCAAUCAACUUUUGUUAUGAGAGAGACUGCUGAUUGUAAAUAAUUAUAAUCCAACACCAUGAAGAGGUCAUUCGCAUUGAAAAACUGCGCCCGCCACAUAAAUUUGAGGUCACUGUCAACCAGUGUUCCUAGACACGGGCCUCAGGUGUGCGUCAUCGGCUCAGGGCCUGCAGGAUUCUACGUUACUCAACACAUUAUUAAGACCUUGCCUGAUGCCAAGGUUGACAUUUAUGAAAAAUUGCCUGUCCCGUUUGGUCUUGUGCGAUUUGGAGUGGCUCCGGAUCACCCUGAAGUGAAAAAUGUCAUCAAUAGUUUUACAAAAACUGCUCAAAAUCCCAGAGUUCGCUUUGUGGGAAAUGUCUCUCUUGGCAAGGAUAUGUCUUUAAAAGACCUGCAAGAACUUUACCAUGCUGUGGUUUUGACAUACGGCGCUGCACAAGAUAAAACAUUUGGCAUUCCUGGUGAAGACCUGGAAAACAUUUUAUCUGCACGCCGUUUUGUUGGAUGGUACAAUGGACAGCCUGGAGAUGAAAAACUUAAUCCUGAUUUAAGUGUUGACACUGUGGCUGUUCUCGGCCAAGGAAAUGUUGCUCUUGAUGUGGCCAGAGUGUUGCUUGCUCCCAUCGACCAACUUAAGUCUUUUGACAUAACCCAGCACGCUCUAGAAGCUCUUUCGGAGAGUCGAGUUAAGCGAGUCUUACUUAUUGGCAGGAGAGGACCCCUGCAAGCAGCAUUCACCAUCAAAGAAGCCCGAGAAAUGGUGAAAUUGGAAAACUGUAAAACAGUAUUCCGGUUGGAGGAUUUUAAAGGGGUCAAAGAAUUUAUGCCAAAUGUGUCUCGACCUCGAAAAAGACUGAUAGAGUUGCUCACUCAGACUGCAAUGGAGCCAAAACUAGAAUUGGUCGAGGCAUGGAAGAAGGCAGAGAGGAGCUUUGAGCCAAUUUUUUACCGCAACCCUGUCGCCUUCCUUCCGAGUGUUUCAACGCCUGGAAAAGUGGGUGCAGUAAAACUGGCUGUUACCAAACUGAAUGGAGAAAUGAGCGAGACUCAGUCUGUGAUAAACACCAAUGAAUUUGAAGAACUUAAGUGUGGUCUGGCAUUGAGGAGCAUUGGCUACAAAGCGUUCGCAGCCGACCCAGAUAUCCCGUUUGAUCCGAAGCAGGGAAUUAUCAAGAAUUCCCAAGGCAGGGUGGAGGGUCUCCCAGGAGUCUACUGUGGAGGCUGGGUUGGCACUGGUCCCGUUGGCGUUAUUGUCAACACCAUGGGAAAUGCUUUUGAGCUCGGUAGGGUGAUUGAAGGAGACAUCAAGGAUGGGACGCUUAAUUCUAACAUCAGAAAGCCUGGGUUUGAGGAAGCUGCAAAAAUUUUAGACAAUAAAGGGGUGCAAGUUGUAUCCUUCAAGGAUUGGGAGAAGAUUGAUUCCGAAGAGCAAAACAGAGGUAAGCCUAGUGGGAAACCAAGGGAGAAAAUAACAAAGGUUUCUGAAAUGUUAAACAUUGCCGGGAAUUAAACAAAUCAGGUUGUUUUCUUGACACUUUUUUUUAUUUUGUUUAAAUAUAUUAUGCUGUUAUAAUAAAAGUUUUAUUUAAGCUUCAGCUGUAGAGGUUUCCAUUCAUUGUGUAUUUUGAUUCACAUAAUACAGAGGCAUAUUAAAUAAGUUACACUUUACAUUUAUGCGCAAUUCAAACUGAUGCAUAAAAGGAAUGCGGUUUUUACAGUCUUUUAGUACUUAAAGUUAAUAAACAGUGUUAAAGAUCAAAUGACAAUCUGAGGUGUGACUAUAAAAGAGAUUGCUCAAGCAAGAUUCUUUCGAAACCAGGGGGUGGAGGGUAACUAAAGUGUUCACUAACAAAGUCCAUGAUCGCCCCCUCAUCAAC